CAGCCCAAGAAAGAAGUCCCCAAAAUGUUUCGUCCCAGCGGGAGACUACCCGCGACAAUUCAAACCCAGACUGCGAGCGAAACCCCAAUCCCCUCGGCGGCGAGCUCGCCGGCCAUGCGGCCGCCGGCGCCUCCCAAGCACCCCGCCGGCGCCACCUCCUCCUCUUACAUCCCGCACGAGCCCCGCCCGGAAAACCCUCUCCUCCUCCUCCCCUCCUCCCGCGCCGCCAAGCUCUCCUUCGGCUGCCCUCUCCUCGACCGCCUCCUCUCCGGCGGCCUCCCCUCCGCCUCCGUCACCGAAAUCGCCGGCGAGUCCGCCUCCGGCAAGACCCAGCUCUGCCUCCAGCUCGCCCUCCUCGCGCCCCAGUCCCCGCUCUCCGCCUCCUCCCUCUUCCUCCACUCCGACCUCCCCUUCCCCCUCCGCCGCCUACGCCUUCUCGCCCCCAAAUCCCGACCCGGUAUCCUCGACCACGUCCUCGUUGCCGCUGUGCACUCCCCCUCCGACCUCCUCUCCCUUCUCUCCCGCGCCCAGCGCCUGCUCUCCCACCCCAAUCGCUCCCCGCACCGCCUCCCCAUCCGCCUCAUCCUCCUCGACUCCAUCGCUUCCCUCUUCCGCGCCGACUUCGACGCCUCCCCAGCCGACCUCAAGCGCCGGUCCGCGCUCUUCUUCCAGAUAUCCGCGAAGCUGAAGGAGCUCGCGUACAGGCACCAGUGCGUGGUGGUGGUGACCAACCAGGUGGUGGACGUGGUGGAGGGAGACGCCGGGAACACCGUCGCGUGGUCGUCGGGGCGGCGGGUCAGCCCAGCGCUCGGGAUCGCGUGGGCCAACUGCGUCAAUACGCGCCUGUUCUUGACGCGGGAGGUGGACGGCGCCGGCGGGAGCGCCAGUAGGCGGAUGAAGGUGGCAUUCGCGCCGCACCUACCGGAGCGGGCGUGUGAGUUUGUGAUACGGAGGGACGGCGUCUUUGGCGUCGAGCCGACGGAGAGGUGCACCUGAGUUCAUGGGUGUGCAGAUGGAUAAUGAUGAGCUCAACUUAAACUUGUUGCUCCAUCCAUCAUAUGCUCCAAGGCUUCCAACAACAUUUUCUUGCUGCUACUGUCCGAAGAAGUUCCAGAGUCCUCAGGCUUUAGGUGG